AUGUUGAAUACAUCUUUUUCGAUCAGUAACAACAACAAUACGCCUUUGAUGAAUUCGAGCAUGUCUCUUCAGGGGAGUAAGGUGCGAGUAGUCUGUAGAGUGAGGCCACUACUCGAGUCGGAAAGUGGAGGGAAAAUGUGUUUGGAAGUACCCGAUCGAGAAAGUGUUGUAGUAACGAGCAAAGCCUUGACUUUCUCAUAUGAUGAGGUGUUUAAUGCAGUAACCUCUCAAUCGGAAGUGUUUGAAACAGUCGGAAGACCUCUCAUUGAUGAUAUCAUCAAGGGUUAUAAUUGUACAAUAUUUGCUUAUGGACAAACUUCAUCAGGAAAGACCUACAGCAUGAUGAACCUUCCUAAAGAUCCAUACAGUGAAGAAAGAGGAAUUGCACCAAGGAUAGUAUGCUCUCUGUUUGAAGCAAUAGACCAAUCUCCAGAAAAUAUAGAAUUCACUGUAAAAGUAUCCUUUUUUGAAAUUUAUAUGGAGAAGAUAUUUGAUUUAUUUGAGCCGUCAAAACAAAAUUUGGCUGUAAAAGAAGACACCAACGAAAAGACUUUUUAUGUCGAGGAUCUGUCUGAAUUAUAUGUUUCAAGCGAGGAAGAGGUGUUGCGUCUCAUAAAAAUAGGAGGCAAAAACAAAAAAAUAUCAUCUACAAAAAUGAACAGAGAUAGUAGCAGAAGUCAUACAAUCUUUUCGAUGACAGUGACACAACACGAUACAAAGAAAGGUCAAAAAAUAAGCUCAAAGCUUUAUCUUGUAGAUUUAGCUGGAAGUGAAAAAGUGUGCAAAACUGAAGCUACUGGCUUAAGGUUAGAAGAGGCAAAAACCAUCAACAAAAGUUUAGCAACACUGGCGAAGGUCAUUCAAGCUCUAACAGAAAAAAAUCCUCACAUACCAUAUAGAGAAAGUAAAUUGACAAAGCUCUUGCAAGACGCAUUGGGUGGUAACACAAGAACUACACUAUUGAUCAAUUGCUCGCCGAGUAUUUUAAAUGAGGACGAAACCAUUUCAACACUAAGGUUUGGACUAACAGCAAACAGUAUUAAAAACAAGCCAAAGGUGAAUUUUGAAACAAGCGAUACAGAGUACAAAAAGCAGUUGACUUUGGCACGAAAUGAAAUACUUGCUCUCAAAACAAAGAACAUGCAGUUGGAAGCAGAGGUCGUGACACUAAAAGCUUCACACUCAAAUUAUGAAAAAUUGAGUUUUGCCAAUAGUUUGCUCAUAAAACAAGCGCAACAAAAAGACGACAACAUUGAAGCUCUCAAUUUAGAAAUUUCAAAAUUAAGGAGAGAGUUGGAAUUAAUGAAAGGAAAACACGAGCAACUAAAUAUUGCAAUGGGAGAAAAGACAUCAUCCCUUAUUUCGGAGCUAGUCGAGUACAAGAAACAAUGUUCAGAAUUGCAAUCUAACAAUGAGAAUCUCAAACAACAAAUUUCUAAUCAACAAGUAUCAUCUUUGAUUGAUAAUAUUCCAACAGAUUCAAAUGCGCCUCUUUCGGUUGAGAAUGGGUUGGACACAACUUCUGACAACCCUGGCAAGUAUUCAAAGGCGGUUGAUAUUGUAUUAGACGAGUUAAUGAGGAUCAAAAUGGACAGAAACGAAAUUCAAGGCAUGGUUGCAAAUGCGUCAAGCGAGAUUCGCGAUUAUAUGGACCAAAUACUUUCCGGUCAGCCAUUGAGCGAACAAGAAGUGCAAUAUGAUUCUCUUUCUAAAAUUUCAGAAAAGGAUGUGAAUGAACUUGAAAUGAAUUUCUCAGCUCAAGAACUAAAGGAUUAUGUUCAAAUGUUGGAAGAGCAAAACAACAGCAUUAAGAAUGAGCUAGAAAACUUCUUACACGAACAUCCAGAAGCGAGUCAAGAGAUCGAUGACACAGAUCAAAGCUCUUACUCGGAUGCCAAAGAAUCUCUCAAGCAUGGAGCGAAGGUUGUAGUUCCUCUAAAAGGAGGUUUUAAGAGACAGCAAAAAACCUUAAAUGAUUCUCUUGAUGAGGAGGAGGAAAUUAUUGGUAGUGAAAUGGUGAAAUGUGGUCAAGCGCUCAUUCUGUCAAAAAGUGAUAAAUCAAGUAAGGCUGUCUGGAAAAUACGUUGGUUAGUCAUAGGAUACCAAAAUCCUCAAAUCAAGAUCUACAAGACCAUCAAAUCCAUCACCGCACAAUCCAUAUCGCUUUCCCCUCAAUCCACGUUGAGCACGAACGACUCUGAAAACAGUAUAUGUCUCUCUGACACCAGUAUUGGACUCCUUCACAUGAAAUUUUCAUCCGCGCAAGACCUUAAAGAAUGGAACCAAGUGAUUCUUGAUGUGUUGGACCUUGCCAACAAUGCUGGAUCCAAGUAA